GAGCUGACGGAGAAGGUGGAAUUGAUUUUAGAGCAGGUGGCAGCGCAGACUCUGCCUGCCAAGGGUUCGCGAUACACAGAUGGCAAGUCGGUCCUGGCCAAAUUCAGAGAUGGCCGGGAACUGCAGGUCGACCUCACGGCCGACAUGCUUUUGGGUGUUAGCGAGGACGACAAGGACAAGUUGGCAGAGCAGCUGCGAACCCAAGGCUUCGAUGUGGAAGCAGUGGAAGUUCCGAGGCCUCCACAAGCUAGCCACGCGCUGCAGUGGAGCGAUGCGAUCUCCCAGGCGUUUGGCCGGGCUUGGCUAUCUCGAGUUGAUGUGACGGACUUCUGCGAGAUGGUUUGCAAAUGCGGUGAGCGUUUGCUGAACCUCCGGCGCUACAAGCUCGCAUAUCAGGAGGUCUUCUACCGUUACUGUGAUCGUGCUGUACAGCUUCGGGCAGAAAUUGGCCGGAACCUGCUGGGCGAACCUCCGUCAAGAAAGAUUUCGGUCUUCUCACGCUACUGCUUGGGAGCUUCGACUGCUCUCUUUCUGCAGACGGUUCACCGAGAUGAUGGGAGAAGGCCGGACACGGUGGACAUCUUGAAAGACGUCCUGCGAGACAUUCUGCAAUCUGUCCAAAUCCUGUGCGCUCAGACAGAGGCGGUGCGCGAGGAGCUUUACUGGUGCUUGUACAACAGCAGCCUCUUGACUAUGCGCAUUGCGAGAUGGCUCAGACUUCACGGGUUCGCUGAUCUAUGCAUUCAACCGCUUUGGUUGAUGGUAGAGUCCAUGCACUCUUGCUUGCCGCUAAUGGCGGUGUACAUGAUUCCCUUCCGAGCACGGGUGAUGAUGGAGCUGGCGUACUGCGCCGAGUCUGCCAAGCAGCUCGGGGAGGCGGCGCGUGUGUGUGAAGUGGCCCAGGAGCAGAUAGAGAAAGCGCAGAAGCUUGAGACCAUGCUGCCGCCAGUUCCAGCAGAGACGACGAAGGUCUUCGAGGCAGUGAACUUCGAGGCUUCCGGGGCUUCUCCGAUGCCACCGACAGAAGCGGCGACGGAAGCAAAGUCGAAGCAAGCGGACCAUGCAGUCGUUAUCGAUGUGGGUCACGGCAUACACAUCGCCAUGGAUUCGCUUGCUGAACGGAUUAGAUCCAUCUUCGAUCGCUUUGACAAGGAUUGCGGGGGAACGCUCGACAGGUACGAACUCCACCGGGUCUUCAAAGUUCUCGUGCCGAGCUUUACACCUUUGCAGAUCAACGCCAGCUUCAAGCACCUUGAUAAAGGUGGAGAUGGUGUGAUCUCUCGCGAAGAGUUUUGCCAGUGGAUCUUGACGGACACAGGCGAGGCAAAGAAGGUCAUGAGAGCUAUGGUCAAGGCAACCAGUGAUGCCCUCGCCACAAGCGUGAGAGAAGUAUUCGCUCGGUUCGACCAGGAUGGUGACGGAAAGCUCGACCGGAGUGAGCUUUGGAGGGUCUUCAAGACCCUCGAUGGGGAGCUUCGUAUUCCGGAGAUAGCCUCCUUGAGUCAGGAGCUUGAUACUGGUGGAGAUGGAAUGGUCUCCCACAAGGAAUUCCUUUCCUGGCUUCGGCAGGGUUCAGAUCGAGCUCAGGCGCUUACGAAAACGACUCUUUGA